AACGCCUCUGGGAGCUUGUCUGGAAACGUUUCACCCCUCACGUUAACAAACAUGAUAAAGAAAAUGACGCCGUCCGAGAAUGAGUUUGAUAUCCCAGCCAAGAACUGCUACAGGAUGGUGAUUUUGGGAUCUACAAAAGUUGGGAAAACUGCCAUCGUGUCUCGUUUCCUCAACGGGAGGUUCGAUGAGCAGUACACGCCAACAAUUGAGGACUUCCAUAGGAAACUAUACAACAUUAAGGGAGAUGUGUACCAACUGGACAUACUGGACACAUCAGGCAACCAUCCCUUCCCCGCCAUAAGGAGACUAUCCAUUCUGACAGGUGACGUGUUUAUCCUGGUCUUCAGUCUAGACAACCGAGACUCUUUCUAUGAAGUGCAACGGCUCAAGCGACAGAUAUACGAAACCAAGUCUUGUCUGAAGAAUAAGACCAAAGAAAACAUGGACGUUCCUCUGGUCAUCUGCGGAAAUAAAGGCGACCGGCUCUUCCAUCGGGAGGUGCAGCAGGACGAGAUAGAGCAGCUCGUUGCGGGGGACGAGCAGUGCGCGUACUUUGAGAUCUCCGCCAAACGCAACGAGAACGUGGAUAAAAUGUUCCAGACUCUGUUUACUUUGGCCAAACUACCUCAUGAGAUGAGUCCCGACCUCCACCGGAAAGUGUCGGUGCAGUACUGCGACAUGCUGCACAGAAAGUCCGCGAAAGACAAGAAGCUGAAGGACGGCGGAGACGCCUAUGGCAUCGUGGCCCCGUUCGCACGACGCCCCAGCGUCCACAGUGACCUGAUGUACAUCAAGGAGAAAGCAGUUGGAGGAGGUCAGGGGAGAGAUAAGGAGAGGUGUGUGGUCAGUUAAACACGCUGUAGUCUUCGUCACAAGUCUUUUUAAAACAGAGAGGAAGAGCAAAGCUUUACUCUGGACGCGUCGCCGGCCGCAUGCGCUCUGACGGACUGGCUCGUCUUUUGACACGCCGUGGAGAUGCGGUGCCGUCGCGCGCUCCGACGCGGUUUCUAUGGACACCGCCGAAGUGUUCGCAGACAUGUGAGAACAUUGUAGUGUCAGUCCGGGCGUCACAUGACGUUCGAGUCAGUGCGUGCACCGUGUUGUGAUGACGUCAUGCCUUCGCAGACCCGACCUGUCGAGGAGCGCCGUGCUGAACUGAUUGUUUACAUUUUGUGAUAGUUUUAUACCAGGCAAUCACGCUUGAAUGUUUCACUGCAAG